AUGGAUGAUAUUGAGCACCUCGCAAAGCAGGUCUUUGGCGAAGAAAAAGUGCUGAGCCGUGACUCUUCCGAACGAACAUAUCCUGAGCAUAUCCUCCAUGAGUCUACACAUGCCACACGAUAUUACAAUGCAUUUCAGCAACAUACCCGGCAAUUUGUCCCAUCGGGAAGCCACGUUGUGCGUUUUUCGCAUUCGGCUCUAGAACGGCUUCUGCAAGAAAAAGUUGCCGCUUGGGAUACGGAAACCGGCAUUACUUCGCGGCCCGGCACGUCAGCUGCGCUUUUUCUGUGGUCUUCCUCCGACAAGUCUGUCGCAGCUCGGAGGCGCGAGCUCGAAGGGAAAACGCGCGCGCCCCAAAAUUCGCUCGAAAGCAAACGCCUCUUGCAUGAAAAUUCGCAUUCUUCCCAAAACACCGCCAGUGCAACGCACAACUUGGCGCACUCGCCCAAAAACUCGCACCGUCUGACUUUUGCCCAGCGCCUUGCGCUCCAGGCCGAGCGCGAGAGCAACCGGUUUGUCCAGCAACGAAUACAAGUCAUUAAGGAACACCACUUGCGAGCCGCGUCCAAAAAAGUCGACGAGCGAAAGCGACGAGAUCACGAGCUGCAUGUACAACGCAUUCGCCAAAAGGAAGAAGCCUACGAGCGUGCAUUGAAAGCAGCAAUUGAAGAACAGUCGUCGCGCCGCUCACUGGGUCUUUUCGCGCUGCUUUUCGGUAGCCCGCGCAGUGCGAGCUUUACUUUUGAGCCGAAAAGUAUGGCCAAAGCGCUGUACAGUGCAGAGAACCACCCACUGAAACCUUUGGAAGCCGAAUCUUCAUCGCUGUCUUUGGCGCAACCUCAAACGCCUUCUCGGACUGCAUCGCCUUCUGGCACUCAAUCUCCUAUUCAGUCGCCUGGCGCAUUUGACAAUCUCGAGGUGCUCGACCGACCAGAACCGCAAACUUCGCAUAAUUUUCUUCCUUUAAGCGCUCAAGCGGCACCUCAGUUGACAGACAAGCCGCAAGAAGAUUUGCUCACGUUGUAA